CAUAAGCGUAGCAUUGCGCACGGAGUGCUACAAAAUGCUGGAAAUGCCCUUCGAUAGCCACGUCCCAGAAACACGACAUUCAUACCGAUCAAGCAGUUCUAUCACAAACCUCUGCGCAGAUGGAGUUCGACUGGAGCACUACGGGCAAUGAAGUUGUCAAAGCGUUUAAGAACCAGGUGACCGGCAAGACAUUCUUGAUCACCGGUCCGACACCAGGUGGAAUUGGUGCUGAGACCGCAAUCAGCCUCGCCGCGGCAGACCCAAAACAUCUCAUACUAGCCGGUCGAUCCCAGGCCAAGAUACAGCCUCUCAUCAAUGAGAUCAACAAGGCUCAUGCUCAUGUGAAAACCAGCUUCAUUCAGCUCGAUCUCGCAAGCCAGACAUCUGUCCGGCAAGCGGCUAAGCAUGUCAAGGACCUUCUUGGAGACGACCAAAUCGACGUGCUAAUCCUGAAUGCCGCGAUAAUGGCCUGCCCUUAUGCUCUCACGGAAGACGGCAUUGAGUCUCAAUUCGGCACCAACCAUAUCGGGCAUUUCUUGUUUGGAAAUCUGCUCUUGAAAGAUGGUCUUCUCCGGUCUCGCGUGGUCGUCGUCAGUUCCGCGGCCUCCGUUCGAAAGUUCGAAGUACUAGAGCCUCAUCUGAAGGACGUCACCUAUAAUCAUGGCAAAUGCUAUGAUCCACUCAUAGCAUAUUGUCUCUCCAAGGCCUGCAAUGUCCUGUACGCCAAACGGCUUAGCAAGAUACUCAACCACAAGAACAUCUCGGCGUUCAGCCUGCAUCCAGGAAGCAUUGCGACCAAUCUCCAGGGGUACAUCACUGAGGAAAUGAGGAACCAAGGCAUCGCUGCUUUUAAGGAGGAGGACCCGGCCUUCGUGGUUCCGAAACGCAAGGAUUUGCAACAAGGGUGUGCGACUCAGCUUCGCGCAGCGCUUGAUCCGAGCCUUGAAAGUCACUCGGGAGCAUAUCUUGACGACUGCCAAGUGAGCGAGCCUGCCGUCCACAAGCCUGCGGAAGCCCAUAUGGAUGAGGUGUGGGAGCUCAGUGAAAAGCUGGUCGGUGAGAAGUUCGACUUCUGAGUAGCACAAUACCAGGGAUGUGAGGGGC